GCGCGACGCCGCCGCAGCGCCGGCUGAGGCUUGAAAUGCUGGCAGCUGCAGAGCUAUAGCCGGCGGAGCUGCGGGUGCGAGCGGCCAGGGCGGGAACGGGCUGCGGGAGGCUGCUGGGGCCGGGAGCGCCGGGACAGGUGCGUGGUCGCCCGCUCGCCGGACCCAGCGCAGCUCCCGCCAGCUGCCCGGCGGUUCGCUCGCCUCGGCGCUCGCUCGCUCUCUCGAGCUCCCUCCGGGUUUCCCCCUGAGCUGUGGGCCCGGCUCGUGCUGCGUGGGAAUCGAGCUCGUUCUCUCCCAGGGACUCCGGGUUGCGGCAGGGCUUCCCCCGGGCGGGAGUGAAGUCCCUCUGGGCUCAGUCCCCCCGCACACCCGAAGGGGACGUGGAGGCAUUGACUUUGGCUUUGAGGCUGCAGGGGUACGCUGAAAGCAGCUGGUGCAGGGGACAGUCCCAUGACAGAUGACCACUGAUUGAGCUGAGCACUCACUGGGCGUCAGACACAGUGCCAGGCGCCCUAGGGGUAUUAUGCAGAACUCCCGCAACCCAGGAGCUCAUGAUUCGGGAGUUACGCUGUGUGACAUGGAUGAAUCUGCAUUGACCCUUGGCACGAUAGAUGUAUCUUAUUUGCCAAAUUCUUCUGAAUACAGCAUUGGUCGGUGUAAGCAUGCCACCGAGGAAUGGGGUGAGUGUGGUUUCAGGCCUACUGUCUUCAGAUCUGCAACCUUGAAGUGGAAAGAAAGCCUAAUGAGCCGGAAGAGGCCCUUUGUGGGAAGGUGUUGUUAUUCCUGCACUCCUCAGAGCUGGGAUAAAUUUUUCAACCCCAGUAUCCCGUCUUUGGGUUUGCGGAAUGUUAUUUAUAUCAAUGAAACACACACAAGGCACCGAGGGUGGCUGGCAAGACGUCUUUCUUACAUGCUUUUCAUUCAAGAGCGAGAUGUCCAUAAAGGCAUGUUUGCCACCAACGUAACUGAAAACGUGCUGAACAGCAGUCGAGUACAAGAGGCAAUUGCAGAAGUGGCUGGUGAGUUAAACCCUGAUGGUUCUGCUCAGCAGCAAUCAAAAGCUGUGAAUAAAGUGAAAAAGAAAGCCAGAAAGAUCCUUCAAGAAAUGGUUGCCACCGUUUCACCGGCAAUGAUCAGACUGACUGGAUGGGUGCUGCUGAAACUGUUCAACAGCUUCUUUUGGAAUAUUCAGAUUCACAAGGGUCAACUUGAAAUGGUUAAAGCUGCAACUGAGAUGAAUUUGCCACUUAUAUUUCUGCCAGUUCAUAGAUCACACAUUGACUAUCUCCUGCUCACUUUCGUUCUCUUCUGCCAUAACAUCAAAGCGCCGUACAUUGCUUCAGGCAAUAAUCUCAACAUCCCCAUCUUCAGUACUUUGAUCCAUAAGCUUGGAGGCUUUUUCAUACGACGGAGGCUAGAUGAGACGCCAGAUGGACGGAAAGAUAUUCUCUACAGAGCUUUACUCCAUGGGCAUAUAGUUGAACUACUUCGACAGCAGCAGUUCUUAGAGAUUUUUCUGGAAGGCACACGCUCAAGAAGUGGAAAAAUCUCCUGUGCUCGGGCAGGACUUUUGUCAGUUGUGGUAGAUACUCUGUCUACCAAUACCAUCCCAGACAUCUUGAUAAUACCUGUCGGGAUCUCCUACGAUCGUAUUAUUGAGGGUCAUUACAAUGGCGAACAGCUGGGAAAACCCAAGAAGAAUGAGAGCCUCUGGAGCAUAGCAAGAGGCGUUAUCAGAAUGUUACGAAAAAACUACGGAUGUGUCAGAGUGGAUUUUGCACAACCAUUUUCCUUAAAGGAAUAUUUAGAAAGCCAAAGUCAGAAACCUGUUUCUGCUCCACUUUCUUUGGAGCAAGCAUUGUUGCCAGCUAUACUUCCCUCAAGACCCAGUGAUGCUGCUGAUGAAGGUACAGACAUGUCCGUUAACGAGUCCAGAAAUGCAACAGAUGAAUCCCGCCGAAGAAGACUGAUUGCACAUCUGGCUGAGCACAUUCUCUUCACUGCUAGCAAGUCCUGCGCUAUUAUGUCGACACACAUCGUGGCUUGUCUGCUCCUCUAUAGACACAGGCAGGGAAUUGACCUCUCCACGUUGGUGGAAGACUUCUUUGUGAUGAAGGAGGAGGUCCUGGCUCGUGAUUUUGACUUGGGUUUCUCAGGAAAUUCAGAAGAUGUAGUCAUGCAUGCCAUACAGCUGCUGGGAAAUUGUAUCACAAUCACCCACACCAGCAAGAACGAUGAGUUUUUUAUUACUCCUAGCACAACUAUCCCAUCAGUCUUUGAACUCAACUUCUACAGCAAUGGGGUGCUCCACGUCUUUAUCAUGGAGGCCAUCAUAGCCUGCAGCCUUUACGCAGUUCUGAAGAAGAGGGGCCCAGGAGGGCCCACGUCUCCCAGCUUGGUCAGCCAGGAGCAGCUGGUACGCAAGGCCGCCAGCCUGUGCUAUCUGCUCUCCAAUGAAGGCACCAUCUCUCUCCCCUGCCAGACCUUUUACCAAACUUGCCACGAAACAGUGGGCAGGUUUAUCCAGUAUGGCAUUCUUAUAGUGGCGGAGCAAGAUGAUCAGGAAGAUAUCAGUCCUGGUCUUGCCGAGCAGCAGUGGGACAAGAAGCUUCCGGAACCUUUGUCUUGGAGAAGUGAUGAAGAAGAUGAAGACAGCGAUUUUGGUGAGGAGCAACGAGAUUGCUACCUGAAGGUGAGUCAGUCCAAGGAGCACCAGCAGUUCAUCACCUUCCUACAGAGGCUCCUCGGGCCUCUGCUGGAGGCCUACAGCUCUGCCGCUAUCUUCAUUCACAACUUCGGCGGUCCCGUUCCCGAGCCUGAAUUCCUGCAGAAGCUGCACAAAUACCUGAUCACGAGAACGGAGAGGAGGGUUGCCGUGUACGCUGAGAGUGCCACUUACUGUCUUGUGAAGAAUGCUGUGAAAAUGUUUAAGGAUAUCGGGGUUUUCAAAGAGACCAAACAAAAGAGAGUGUCUGUUUUAGAACUCAGCAGCACUUUUCUACCUCAAUGCAACCGGCAAAAACUCCUGGAAUAUAUUCUGCAUUUCGUGGUGCUGUAGGUAACUUCGGGCACCUCUGGCAAGUGACAGGCGUGGGACCAGUUCCUCGUAGGCUCUGCCUGUGGCACGAGAGUGGACGGUGCCGUCGUGUGGUCGGGCCUGACCCGUCCUGACGUGGCCUCCUGGAAGACAAGUGCCUUCUCUCCUCCGUGAUCUGUGAUCGCUGGACACUGGCGUGACACAGCCGCCUACAGAUCACACCAUGGGGGCCCCGGCCUCCAUUUGCAGUUCAUGAUCAGUAGAUUGCAAAAUGAAAUUUUGGAGUUUAUUAAAGAUUUACAUUUUAAAUAUAACAGUUAGGGGCUUAUUACUGUGAUGGACACACAAAUGUAGUUAAUUCUGAAACUGAAUCUUGUUUAGUACACUUAAUGCCGUCAGGUAAUUUGUUGGUAUACGUUCUGAUUAAUGCUUCCUUGAAAAAUAACUGAGUCAUCCAUUCACUGUUUUCUUUUUUUUGUCUCUGGUGUUAUCUAUGUCCAUUGUAGCUAACUGUUAAAUGGGAACAUUUUUUUCCUCACAAAGUGCUUUACAAAUGAAUGGGCUCUUCACACAGAGGUGUCACUGUGCUGUCUGUUGUAGUCAGGUAUAGAAAGUGUUUUAAGAGCUAAAUGAAAACACAAUCUUAAUUUAGGUCAGGAAUAGAGAUAAUCUGACCAAUCAGCUCAUACCAGGAAAUAAAUUUGGCUGGUGAAGUUCAAGCUAAACUAGGCUGGAAAAUUGACUUUGAAAAUGUUUGCUCCUGUGAAAAAGUGCCAUUGAGUUUUAAAUGACGGGCAAGUAUUUAGGAGCAACUCCUGUUCUGUGUCUGUGUCCCUUCCCUGCCACCCCUCCCCCGACCUCCUGCCUCAGGCAGCACCUGCCUCUCAGGUACAGUUGUGUCUUGGAGGUAGCAACUGUCCUAACCUAUUAGCUUGGCCUGAUCGCCUGUGUUAGUGUGAAGUGCCCUGGCUGCAGCCUCAUGGCCCAACCCUCUUACAUCCUGUAGACUGGUUGUACGCUUUUGAGUGGCUGGUACCCACUCAAGUUGGGCAGAGUGGGUUGUACAUCACAUAUGUGAUGGCCCUGCAGACUGGCAUUUGUAGAUUUUUUUUAGCUUUGAGAAAAAGAAAACCAUGGUUCUUUAAAAAUAUACGUGGGUUCUUUUCCUAAACCCUGAUGCCAUAUAGUGGCAAAUAAUUAUGAAAAAUUGUUGAUAACAGGUAGGUGCCUUUUUUGUGAGCAGGGAUCAUAAUUGUUCUCUAAUUGUGGUAAUGAUGGUGAUUUCUUAAAGAUCAUGUGAUAGAAAACGUUCUCUAACAGCUGUUUCUUCUUCUCUCUGUGGUUUUAUGGAAUUAGGAAUUUUUCCUGACAAAUACCGCAGGUAACCUUUGCAUUUAAUAGAAAGGUACUGAGAAUUAAAGUUUGUACUUUUAUCAGCUUGGAUUUUAAACACUAAUAAUGUCUUGUGAGUAUUCUGUGUGUGUUGAGAGAGGGAAAAAUACUGAUUGGUAUUUCACAUUGUAUGAAAUUUUUGAAACUCGGAGCAAUAAUGCCAUGCUGUUGUGAUUUUCUUCCAUUCUUCUCAAAUUCCGCAUUUAAAACACGUUUUCUUUAUAGGAGCUCGCAUCCCAUUAAGCCGUUGUCAGUGUUGCAGCGGCUCUGAUGUGGAGUGGCACCUUCACUGUGUUAACAUUCCAUUUUACGUCCUAAGUAGGACUGGGCUCUGUCUGUGUUUUGGGGAACAGCCAGGGAAGCUGAUUUAUCCCCUUGUGUGUUCGUUGUCUAGGUAAGCAAACGUUUCACUAGUCUUUUCUACUCGUCCGUGAAAUUAUAGACCAAGGGUCACUCGGACUGUCUAAGUCAAGGUUGGGACUGACCUCUCUGUGGACGCUGCUGCCCCGCCUGUGACUUCCGCUAAGAGCUGCUGCCUCGCCAGCCUGAGCAGGGAACAAUGGCUUCUCUGGCUCUAUUUGCCCUUUCAGUUGGUUUGUUUUCUAGAAAUCUACUCAGAUGCUUUGGGGAAUGCAAUGUAUGAUUUGCUAGCUCUCUCACCACUUAACUCACUGUGAGAAUAAAUAUGCAUGCUUUCUGUAAUUAACUGGUGCUUUGAAAACCUUUUUUAAGGAAGACAAAUCUCAACCAAAGUUCUGCUCAUCCAGACAAGCUCACCCUCGCGUUAAUUUUAGCACAGCUCAUUCUUUCGUGCCUCGUUACUGAACAAAUAUCCAUCAUCCCGAUAAGGCUUCCAGAUACCACUGUUUUGCUAAAAGAUUUAUUCUCCUUGUUUUCCAAAAGUGAAUGGCUUUCACGUAAGAUUAAAUGAACUAGGUGCUUGUAAAUAAUUUAUUACCAUUUCCUGCAUUUCUAUAAUACUGAAAUGCAUGCCCUCCAGGGGAAGACAGACUGUGAGUUGAGUUUAAAAGCAAACCAAAAGCCCCAAUAAUAAGCAAUAUGGAGCUACACUCUUUCAAAAUGAGAAAGUCGUAAGAAAUUCAGAAGAGAAGAAGGCACUUUCGCUCCUAAGAGAAAAGGAAGGAAGUAGCGUGAGGUGUGUAGAACUCGUGACAGAGAAAGGGCUACGAGUCUGCGCAGCCUCCUGAAGUCACAGGGUGAGUGGGGAAAACGCAUCAGGGACCGCAGUGAAUGUAAACUCGGAUUGUGGAAUUUCCAGUCGGAGGAGCAAACCAUUUCCCAGAGUUCUGCUUGUGUAUGAGUGCUCUGUGAGAUGUUCUUAGGUGUUUUGUAGAAAAAGUGUUGCUGGUAAAAUUAAUUUGCACAUGAAGCCUCAUUCCUAGAAACUCACAGUGCGCUUUAGCCCAGUAAGGGCUCAGGGCCCGCCGGUACCAAGCCUGUAUUAACCCAGCAUUUCCCGAUCUGUGCGACCCCAGAGCCUUUUUCCCCUUUGGAACACCCCUAUGGACCUCUCCUGAGGUUCACAGAAAACAUUUUGGGAAACACUAUGUUAUGUAUUUCUGUAAGAGGACAAGGCAGUAACUGCCUAGUGGCACAGAGGCAUGUCUGCAUGGAUUUCGUAUGCUCAAACAUUGUGUUUAAUGGAUGUAUACUUCCUCCCCUGGAGACAAUAAGCACAGAAAACUAUCGUAUAGGUGGUCAGAGCUCUUUGAUGAAAGAUCAGCCCUCAAUGUGUCUGGGUUUUUAACUGAAAGGAGCAGAAUUAACACUAGGAUUAAUUGGGGUAAAAAAAUUAAGAUUUUAAGUCAGACCUAGCAGAAGAUUUUGCACAAUCAAAUGCAGCUUUUUAUCCACAAAUAGUUCUAGUGUUUAGAAAUGAUCGGACCUACCACUGAGGUUUAUAAGACUUAAUUUGGAUGUAAAUGUUUUUUAAACCACUCUUUUUAGGAACUUGAGACUUGGCAUCUGGCAUUUCAGUUUAAUACAAAAAUGAUGGCAUUUGAAGGAAACUUUUGACUUUAUUUCUAAACAUCUAAAGUUCUGAGAUGCCUUGAUGGAAGGUGUUAAGCUGUUUGCCUGUUGUACAAAGAAAUGUUAGAUUGUUGUAAAAAGGUUGAUUAUAAAGUACCAUAAAAUAGCAUGGUGUGAUGUUGUGAAUGAACUGAUUUGGAAAUGUGGAUUGAAUUUUACGCCUGUUAAUAUAUUGUAAGAAGCACAGAGGUGUAGCUUGUUUUAAUAAACCAAAAAGUGAAUAUAUUCU